AUGCAACCUAGCUCGUUUCCGACUGUUCCAUCGACUCCGCAGACCCAAACAGCAUCACAGGGGACUUUCUCCACUCCGUUUACUCCAACCCCCGACCUGCGGCAGUCGAACCCUCAGGGCGCUCCUCGACCCUCCACCCUGCAAACUCGCGCCAGGGGCCCGAUUCUGGUAGAGGGAGAGCAUUAUUGGAUCUUGAGGUCAAAGCACUGGGAGAGAGACGCUACCCAGUGGUCUCCCUCUAGUGCCGAGUUACUCCUCUCCAUUCUAGAAGAGCGACCAGACCUCUGGAGCCAGUGGCAGGCUGGCAAGAACAAGCAGGGACAGCCUGCAAGGAAGUCCCAAGUCAACGAGGCCAUCGUCGCUGAGCUCCGCAAGCGUAAGGCCCCUACAGCUCGCUCGGCACCAGCGGUGCAGAGUUAUAUGAGGAAGAUGUUCGAGAACUACAAGGACGCGCACAAGCAGGACAUCCCCCGCACCGGCGACGGCGUUGAGUGCUACAUAGAGAUCGCUAAGGACGUUUCUCGGCACUGUCAGACGCAGGCGGACAUCAUUGAGGCCUUGCACGAGGUCUGUCCUAACUAUCACCGGCUCAAGAUCAUCAUGGAAGGCUCGGCUGGCGCUCCGGAGAACACCAUUCAUGACAACCUCGAACUUGGCGAAGGGGACGUCAUGGUAGACACCAUCGUCAAUCAACUUGGCGGGGCCACUGAGGAUGAACCAGAGACCCAAGAGACUCAGGACUUUUUCGAGGACGACGACGAGACGUCCCUCCACGACAUCAACGAGUUUCAAAGCCCCGAACCGCCUUCCACGCUCAGCUCGGCGAAUCUUGACGCCGCUAGUAUGCUUGACGGCGAUAUCUCGCCGGUGAGUACACUUAUGGCUUCGGUCUUUGGACAGGCUCAUAGAGAAGUGAAAGAGCUGACAGCCACAGAAAGAAAGAGGUUCUUGGAGAAGUCUCAGACCCCUGAAUCGACCUUUUCGGAGUUGUAUUCGGACGAGUCUGAAAAAAACCGCCUAGCGAAGAAAGAAAAACUGCAGGUUCUACGCGAACAGAACACCAUCAUGAAGAGAAAGACCGACCAUGAGAUCGAUUCAGGGGAGCGUAGGCUGUUCUUUGAAGAGCUGAAGCUCGUGAACGAGUAUGAGAUGCAGCUCCGCCGCCAGUUUUCAGAGACGUUCGCCAGGGACAAGAGCCUGUCGCCGGCUCAGGUUAUUGAGGCCGUCGACCAGGCCCUGGUGAAUCCCCUGAGGAGGAUGAGAGAGCAGCUGGCGAGCAGCGGACGCCGUAGAGAGGAGAUCCGUGCGUGGGACAGGUCGCGAGGUAGCAGCAGAGUUAGAGACUCGUCACCCUCUGUCAAUGACAGGGUUCGAGAGCUCUCCAUUAGUAGAACGGUGUACGAGGAAGACUUCUCAAUGGUGUGA